AAAUAGGUUAGGUGGCCUGUAGUUUGGUUUGCUCAACGUCUAAACUCUAAGGUUAGUAAUUGGCACCAUUCACGUGUAGUAAUACCACAACGAAAAAGUUAAAUCGUAAUAAGCCUAUAUACUUACCUGUUAUAUUACGAUUUGUUUUUAGGGUAAAGUUAAUACUCGAGAAUCAUGACGUGUUCUGAAAUUGAUUUGAAAGUGCUACCUCUCCACAAACAUUCUCAAUAUUUGGAAGCGUGCGUGGAUAUGAUAAAUGAAGAAUGGCCUAGAAGUAAAACUGCCAGAAUGAUGUCUUUGACGGCAUCUUGCGACAAUCUGCCUACAAGUUUAAUACUUAUAAACAACAAAAUGAAUUUACUAGGUCACGCUAAGCUUACUCGUUUGCCAAAUAUACCAAAUAGUUGUUUUGUUGAAACUGUCGUUAUAACUAAACAUAUGCGUGGUAAAAAGUUGGGUACUUUUUUAAUGAGAAAAGUUGAAUGCUAUUGCAAAAAUUUUCUUCACUUAAAAAUGCUACAUUUAUCUACAAAGGGACAAGAAGAAUUCUACAGCAAAUUAGGGUAUGAGAUAUGUCCUCCAGUUUCUACUUAUGGCAACCCUGUCAGUAUUGUUAUUAAACCUGAUAAACCAGACAAAAUGAAGAAAGAAACAUGUGGAAAUAUACCCCCUCCUCCUCCAUUACCCAAGCUUCAGAGUGUUGCUAGUACUAAUAUUAAAUCAAGUAAAACAUUUAUGUUUAAAUAUUUGUAGACUCAAAACUUAAGUAAGGCUAUCAAAUUAAAGGGCGUGUUAAAUUUAAUUAAUUAAUCAAACACAUAAAUAUUAAAUUUUUAAUUCAAUUAUCUAAAACUUCGCUUUAUCUACAUAUUCUAGUGCUUUUUGACGAAUUUCCUCCGCUUGGUCCUUAUCUCCAUACUUCUCUUCCACUUCUAUCCACUUUUUGAACAAAACCUUCAUUUUGCGUGCUGGCAACUUGUGAGCCGUCAUCCGUUCCAACACUUGCCUAUGAAGAGAUUAUAUAAAUUAAUUCACAUUUAUAUAAAUUAGAAUGUAAUAUAACUAUAGCGCGAUGGAUUUUUCGCGAGAAAUAAUUAUCCAUUGUUAGAAACCCACCAUAACUUAGACCCAAAGAUAGACAUAGAAGAAUCUAGUUGUUUAAAUAUCAAACAGAUGCAGAGAGCAUCUCUAAAUGCCCAAGGAGCAUAACAGAACUUCACACAAGAAUUAAGCGGUUGUUAGAUUUAAGUAGUAUUUAAGUAAUAUACGUACGUAUAAUAUAUGUAAUAUAUAUAAUAUAUGCAUUAUUAAGUUUCAAUUAUAUAUGUUUCUUAUAUGCUGUAAUAAAUACCUGAUCCGAGUGACGUCACCAGUCUUCAAAAGCAUAUCGACGAAAGCGCAGCAAACGUCAACGCGAGCAGGAUAAACGGCGAGCACUUGCUCGAACAACGCUUCGGCUCGUUCACGUUCGCCCCACGCUCGCUCUAGUUGCGCGAAUUGCACUAAUAACGACACAUCUGCAACAGAUAAAUAUGUCUUGUUGAUUUAAGAGAUUGGGAACUGUCUACCUCAACGCAGAAGUUUCACAGAAAGUAUCAUUUUGUAUGUCUCUCAUUAAUAAAUGUAAUUUAUCCGUAA